AUCAUGUGUUUCCAUGAUUGCAGGUAUUACUCAGGAAAAAAAUGUUUGCCAAUACUUACGGAAAGUAUAAAAACUGCGAAUGCGGUUUAGUGGUUCCGAGUGAAGAUGGAACGAAGUUGGAUCCAAUUCCCUUGACAAAAGUGUCAGCGGACGUCACCUGGUUGGACUUAGGCAUCAAAGUCACCCUCACCCAGACCUAUAAGAACAAGGAAACCAAGCCAGUAGAGACUCAAUAUGUAUUCCCAGUGGAUGAUCGAGCCGCAGUGUGUGGAUUUGAGGCGGAGAUUGAGGGGAGGAAGAUCCAGGGAGAAGUGAGGAAGAAGGAAGAGGCAAGACAGGUCUACGAAGAGUCGGUAAAACAAGGAAAGACAGCUUUCAUCGUCGAGGAGACGAAGCCUGAUAUGUUCCAAGCCAAAAUCGGGAAUCUCCCGGCUGGCAGCGUUGCAACGAUCAAAUUGUCGUACGUGACAGAGGCAACGGCAGAAGGAAACGCCCUACGAUUUUUCCUACCGACCACCAUCGCUCCGAGGUAUAUCCCACCCAGUGAUACAAGCGAAGCAGCUAAGAUCAUCGGUGACAUCGAUUAUUCUACCUUCUCCCCUUGCCCCAUGGAAAUCCACGUACAUAUCGAGACGGAACGGAAAACUCUGUCAAUCGACAGCCCCACCCAUGAAAUCAACAUCCUCUUAAAAAAUGAGGCUUUGAGAAAUAGAAAAUACUUAAAAACGGAGGUGAAACUCCAAGGAGUCUCGACAGACAUGGACAGGGAUUUCGUGCUUCUUCUUGAAACUGAGUCACCUCAUCAGCCUCGGCUAAUAUUGGAGAAGGGUCACAAUUCUACUGUCGCCGCAAUGGUCACCCUUGUCCCAAGUUUCAAACUCCCAGGAUUGAAAUGUGAUUUCAUAUUUGUCAUCGACCGUAGUGGAUCUAUGACGGGAGAAAAGAUGGAGAAAGCAAAAGAUGCUUUGCAAUUAUUCCUCAAGUCCUUGCCGAUGGAUUCGUAUUUUAACAUCGUGAGCUUCGGUAACACCUUUUCCUCGCUGUGGGAAGGAAGCCAGAAGUACGACGAGGGUAGCCUCCAUAAGGCAUCAGCCCAUGUGAUGGAAAUGACGGCAAACAUGGGUGGGACGGAAAUCUUGAAGCCCCUCUCCUCGGUUUUUCAGCAGGUACAGCUAGAUGGCUAUACUCGACAGAUCAUCGUUCUUACUGAUGGCGAAGUGAGCAACACAGAGCAAGUCGUUUCCUUGGUGAGGGAUAAUUGCAAUACGAGUAAAACGAGGGUUUUUGCCUUGGGUGUUGGUAGUGACGCGAGUCAUCAUCUUGUGAAUGGAAUUGCACUUGCUGGGAAUGGAGAAGCUCUAUUUGCAGCCCUAAAAGAGGGACUGAGUGGAAAAGUCCAGCAUCUUCUCAAGAAUUCCCUUCAGCCCUCACUUACCUCUGUCAAUAUAAUCUGGGCUCAACAUGACUCAAUCAAAAAGCCAGAGAAGAACGAAAAUCAAGAGGCUGUUGUCACUGAAAAAACACUCCUUGGAUUCGGAAAACCUGUGCCAAAGAAGACAGAGGCUCCAACCGACGUUCACCAAGAAAUGGAAGAUCCCUGGUUGAGUGUGAAGAAGCUGCCUUGCAUUUUCGAUGGUAGUUGCUAUGCAGCGUAUUGCAUUUACAACAAUCCCAAUCUCAUUCCAGCAGAGAUAAAGUUGAGUGCAGACACUCCAGCAGGACCCUUGUCCGCUACGUUUGCGGCGAAUCUCGCCGAAGCGGUCGAGGGGAACAUCGUUCAUAGUUUGGCAGCAAGGUCCAUCAUUCACGAGUUGGAAGAAGAGCUUCAAGAUCGUCGUGUGCACCCGAAUGAUCGGUCAAAGAAGGAGAAAUCUGCCGUCUAUCUCGGAAUCAAAUACAAUUUGGCAUCAAUUUUCACAUCCUUCGUUGCCGUCGACGAAAAGGGAGAAUUACAAAAAGAUUCCCCCAUUCUGAGAACUGUCCCGAACAUGAUGCCGCAUGGUUACGGUGGAUGGAACGGCGGAAAUGCAGGAAUUAUGUGCAAGGGCCCCCGUCGUAUCCCAUAUUGUAGCCCUCCCCCGAUCAUGCAGGGACUUGCAUGCAGGGGAAUUUCAUUCCCACAGUGGAAUGAAAAUCCAUCCAGGCCCGGAACCCGCCAUUUCGUUUCGAAAAGUAAGGAAACGGGAAUAACUGAAACGCAGUUGUAUGACACAACCUCACGCUCAUGCGGUAUGGAAUCUCAUCAGGAUUUGGCAUUGCGAGAAGAAUCAGUAUCUGGCAAGGUCGAUUUGAGCAGAGACGAAGGAAAACUCAUGGUUCUGACCAGGAUGCAGCAUUUUAAUGGCUCAUUCCCAUUCGACCAGCAACUUUUGACAGUAUUGGGAUUGACUGAACGGGAAUUCUCGAGGGUAAAAGAUGAAAACAAAUGCGAGGAUGCGGAUUUGGCCACUGCACUUGCUGUGGUUUUCAUGGAGCUCAAGUUGCCUGCAUACAAGGAUCAUUGGGAACUGAUGGUGAAGAAGAGUCGCUCCUGGCUCGAAGGGAAGGGAUUGUCGCACUUGAUCGAUAAAAGCAAGCAACUUCUUCGUUGUUGAGACUCAUUUUUUCGCCGAUGACUACUGGUUUGACUGGUCGUGAAAGCCGCGAAAGAUGUGCCUGGCAUGUGAGUUGGACGGUCGAAAUUAGCGCAAUAAAAACUUGUGGAUGAGCAAUGAUCCCACUUACGCUAUCUUGCUAGUCAUAGCUGGCCACUUUUCGUAGAAACAUUCUUAAGCAAUAACAGGAAUGUUGAAUUCCGGAGGAAUGGUUCAAUUCUUAAGGACGCGUCCUGUAAAAUUGAUUCGUUGGUAAUCUUCACCUUUCAUUGAGUCGUAAUAUAUUUUCAUACUGAAUCAAUUGAGUAUGAUGGACUCAAAUACGGUCUUGUCCAUUAGUUUUUUAAAUCUGGCUUUUUCGUUAUUGUCAUGGGCA